CAGGCUGUUCACUGAUCUAUUAUAAAUAAGUUGUGGAGCCACGAUUAAACUGUUGGUGGCGAAGCAGCGCAGACGAUAAGGAGCCGUGACGUUGCCCGCGGUCACUCGUUGUUCUCGUUUGAUGAGAACGCCGGGGCUGGUUGAGCCAGAGAAGAUGACGGAUCACACAGCUAAUAUUGUCUUAGCCAGGAAGCAGCCGCUGCACUUCCCUGCCGCCGACACGCCGGUGGAGCUCGCUGGAUUCUGUGGUGGGACCUGGCUAGCUUAGCUUAGCUUAGCUUAGCUUAGCGGUGCUUGGCUGGCGGCGGUGUGUGUAGGAGGCGUGGCCUGUGGUGCUGUUGCGUGGCUGGGAGUGGUACAGCAGUUGCAGUACUCACGGUGAGUGAGGGGAGUACCAGCUGCUGUGUACUCGUCGUCUUAGCUGUUAGCAUUAGCUAAGCACUGUGGUGUUGGCACAGUAAAAGUACUGAGGACAUGAAUGCUACCUUGAUUCCUGGGCCGUCACAGAUGGUGUGUGGCAGAAGUCCCAGGUCCGACCCGAGAGGUUCUGGGUGUGAAGCCCGUGCUGCCGGGCCGGAACCAGAACUCUGAGAGAAGCAACCAGGUUCCUUCCUGGUUCAGAGGGCACCACACAACUGGAGCUGGCAACUACUACCAGUGCUGCGAACUGAAGCAAGUGCUUCUAUGAGACUUCUGAAGUAUUUGACUUAAGUACUGCAAGUACAGUUCCACUACAGCCUUGUGUUUCUGUCGUUAACUACCAUAAUAACUUUGAGUACAAGUACUAACCCCACUACUUAUACAGUAACACGCGCUGUGACAGCUACAACUACUAAAGCAAUUACUCCACUAGUACAUCUUACUACUGCGCCUAUUACUGUGUACUUAAACCCAAAAUCUAAGGGUUACAGCUCGGUGUGGAGGCUUCACUCUGGGGUCCCGGGCCUGAGGCAGGUUAGUCGUCCGUCAGAGACUCGGAGCGCAGCCUCCAAUAUUGAGUAUUGAUAAUGUUGUGUGGCGCCGGUCAGACCCUUGUUGACCAGUGGCUGGUGCUGCUGUAUCAAUGUUGUUAUUGAUUGUUAUUGCUCAGUCGUCCAACCACUCACCUGAUCAUCAUGUGAUCAGAGGCCUCAGUGGAUCCAUGUCGAAUGACCGACGCCACGUGUGACAGGGUCGUUCAGGAUCACUCACCAUUCAGUCGUCCAUGCUGUGCUUGUCCUUAUGGAUCGGCCACUUGUUUAUUGAUCCGCCCAUUGGUUCUGUUUUUGUCUGGUUGGUGAGCAACCUCGUGUUGGUGAACACGGCGGUGGUCACGUGACGGACCCGUGUUUGUUUUUAUCUCGGAGCGACGUCUCCACAACAACAACAACAGGAGUUGCUGUCGUGUUGUCGGGGCCUAUUAUGGGAUGUCGGGCGGCAGACGCAGGAGAAGUCGAUUCCGGCGUGGAUCCGGAGUCGCGGCCUCGGCCCAGACCUCCUUCCCACCGCAGCUCCUGGUUCGGUGCGCGCGCCCUCGGGGCAGAACACCACUCUCGCCUCUCGUGAAACUCAUUAUAUCGCUUCUUAACUGUGUGGUCUCUAAUCUGCCACCGGUCGACGCACGCAUGUUUGCACAGUCUGAGUCAACGAUGUAUGCUGCCAUGUACCGAGUUGUCCACGCACUCGGUGCUCGUCGUUUCAUUGGAGUGACGUGAAGAAUAAUGUCAACAAAAAUGACGUCAUGUCGGCUGGACGAGCGCAGCUGCUGCUUGAACCUGAAAACAGUGAAAACUACUGGAGAAAGCGCGCUUUAUUUCGGAUCAACAACAAUAAUGACAUUUGAAAUUCAGAGAAAUAAUUCCGCUGUUUCAAGCUGUCAAAAUUCAAGAUGAUGGAAUCGGGAAAAAAAUGCUGAACAAGACAAUUCACAAACAGUUCGUUAUUGAAAUAUCCGCCGUUCAACUGCACUGAACACUGAUGCGGGAAAUAAACACGGCUGCGUUUGUCAACAAAGAUAUUAAAACCGUCGAAUAAUUGAGCGCUAACUCGGUGUAACACGGGAUCCUGUCGUGUCGUGUGCUUCUUUGCAACAGUCACCAGAACGCACGGCCGAUGCAGCCACAGAUGUUGUAGUUUAUUUCCUCGGAAGUGAUUCCGUCCCGAGCACUCGGUGCUCUUGUGAGUCACUGGAUUUAUCCUGCUGCUGUGGCGGCACAAAUGUUGACAGAGUUGCGCUCGAUCAGGACACUGAUGUCGGGAAUCAAAGAGGAGCAGCAGAAGCCUGGAAUGGUGUCGCUGAACCCCGCCGUCCCUUCGUGUUGCUGUCGAUGAAUCGCGUCGCUAAAUCAGCAGAAAGUUGCGGUGAAACCUCGGCUUGUUUUGAGAAGAGACGAAAAUCGACACGGCAUCGUCCUGAGUGACGGAUAAAUCGCCGGAAAUCCUCAGACUCCGGUUCAAGAUUAAAAAAAAAAAAUCCGUCCGAGUUCUCAGUCGAAAAAGCAGCAACAGAAGUUUUUGUGCAAAAAUCCACCGAGAAACCACGAAACCGAGUCGUCGAGCGGAACCAGCCACCGAACCGGAGCGAGAGAGGGCGAAAAUAAAAAGGGCGCAAAAGUGUGAAAAAGGUUCGGCGUCUGGUUCGGAAGGGAAGAUCCAAUAUUUAUUCCGGGUCUCCUGGGAAGCUGCGGUUCCGUCUAUUGUCCUCAGUGCUGAUGCUUCGUCUCAGAACUCUGAUAUCACCAAGGGACCUACGACAUCAGCCCCAAGACCCUGCAAGUACAAAAUCCGAGCUCGCGCCUCGUCCGCGCAGAGACGCUGCAGCUCCGCGCACGCAGGCCGCCGCUCGCGCUCGCUCCGCGCCGCUUCACGGGAUUUUACGCCUUUUUGGGCUUGCUGUGGUGCCUGAGCGCGAGACGACACCGGCGGGUCCACUCGGAGAAAAUGUCCGCCACUUUCCCCGGACUCGUCCACGACGCAGAGAUCCGUCACGACGGCUCCAACAGCUACCGUCUGAUGCAGCUGGGCUGCCUGGAGUCGGUGGCCAACUCGUCGGUGGCCUACUCGUCCUCGUCGCCGCUCACCUACCCGGCGCCGGCGGGGACCGAGUUCGCCAGCCCCUACUUCCCGGCCAACCACCAGUACACGCCGCUGCACCACCAGUCCUUCCACUACGAGUUCCAGCACUCGCACCCGGCCGUGGCGCCGGAGGCCUACGGCCUCAACUCGCUGCACUCGGGCCAGUAUUACCAGCAGCUGCACCACGGCGAGCCCGCCGACUUCAUCAACCUGCACAGCGCGCGCUCGGCGCUCAAGUCCUCGUGCUUGGACGAGCAGCAGCGGCGCGAGCUCGGCUGCCUGGACGCGUACCGGCGCCACGACCUGUCGCUGAUGACGUCACACGGCUCCCAGGCCUACGGCGUCGGGAUGCACCACCCGGACCAGAGGCUGCUGCCCGGAGCCGGACUGGGCCUCGCGCCCUCCGGGGCUGACGACCUGCAGGGCUCCGUGGAAGCACAGUGUGGCCUGGUGCUCAACGGCCAAGGCGGCGUCAUCCGGAGAGGAGGGACGUGCGUGGUGAACCCCACCGACCUCUUCUGCUCCGUCCCCGGGCGUCUGUCGCUGCUCUCUUCCACAUCCAAGUACAAGGUCACCAUCGCCGAGGUGAAGAGGCGACUGUCGCCGCCCGAGUGCCUGAACGCCUCGCUGCUGGGAGGAAUCCUGCGCAGGGCCAAGUCCAAGAACGGGGGCCGGUGUCUGCGCGAGAAGCUGGACCGCCUGGGUCUGAACCUGCCGGCCGGACGCAGGAAAGCCGCCAACGUCACGCUGCUCACGUCGCUGGUGGAAGGGGAGGCGCUGCACUUAGCCAGAGACUUUGGCUACACCUGCGAGACAGAGUUCCCCAGCAAGGCAGUGGGGGAGCACCUGGCCCGCCAGCACAGCGAGCCCAAAGAGACCAGCGCGCGCAAGAAGAUGGUCCUCGCCACCAAACAGAUCUGUAAGGAGUUCCAGGACCUGCUGAGUCAAGACCGCUCGCCGCUGGGCUCCUCCAGGCCUACGCCCAUCCUGGACCUGGACAUCCAGAGGCACCUCACACACUUCAGCCUCAUCACCCACGGCUUCGGCACGCCGGCGGUCUGCGCGGCGCUCAGCACCUUUCAGACGGUCCUCAGCGAGAUGCUCAACUACCUGGACAAGAGCUCCAGCGGCAAAACCAGCAGCGAGCCACAGAUCAACACCGGCGGCUCGGAAAAGUCGCAGCUGCGGAAGACGUCGGAGCCACAGAGCAAAGACGGGAAGACGGAAAAGACUGAGUAGCGACGCGCCGGUGCGGCGCCCGUGCCUUUGAGCAGUGCUUUCAGGAGAGCGUGUGUUUUUUAAUGCGUCGGCGUCGGGACGGUUCGGCUCCUUGUUAUUUAUUUAUCUUUUCAAAUGUAAAGCCGAGCCGUCCCAGGGUCGACCCGCGUGCGUGUGUGUGUGUGUGAGCGAGCGAGCAUGGCGGCGGCUGAGGCGACCCCUGACCUUUUUUCAAAGAUGUAUUAUUUUGUAAACAGGAAGUCAGCAGACACGAUCACACCCCAGCAACACCAACACACGACGAGCACUCGGAGCCACCAGCGUGUGUCUGCGUGUGGCGGCGGCCAUCUUGUCGUCACUUCCUCCCGUGCAUGUCUCUCCGUGUGCACGCCGGCGGCGCGCCGCGACUUGACGUUUGUAAAGAAAUAUAUAAAUAUUUAAAAAUGACUUUGUCGUAGACUUUGGACGAAAUAUAUGUGAAGUUUCCUGAAACUGCCGCUCAUCAAUAAAGACUGUGUUCUGCUGCGAUCACUCACUGCCCUCGACAGCGACCCCUCUGGCAGCUGCUGGACAUUACGGUCGUGAACACAGCUGCACCCA